AUGGCUUCCACGCAGGUGAAUGGCUACAGGCCUUCUGCCGCAGAGCAACAUGUACAAGCUGCAUUUUACGACCAGUGGCUGCAGUUGAAGGAGACUGUUCUAGCAGACAAACACGCGCGAUUCAAGCUGCCAGCUGCUGUUAGACAGCGGCUGCGAUCUUCUGUCGAGCCAUCGUCUACUUCCAACUAUGCCUCAGCGUUGCAUUUACCUGGCCUUUCUAAUGCUCCUAGCAGAGAACAGACAAUGCUUAACUUGUCUCAGGGUGCUUCCACUGCUGCUACUCGUCUGGAAAAUGCGCAGGCCUUCUCGCAGAAUGCAUCCAUGGCAUCAGGGACAGUUGUCUCUAAGAGUGGCAUUGAUCCAGUUCUGUUGACAAAAUCAGAAGACUUGAUAAGAGCAGAAACACAGCUGAAGAGACAGCGAAUUGAGAGACAACUUAGGGAUGCGGCAGAGCAGCGCAAACACAUUCCCUUCUUCAAGAACCAGGAAGACAUGGCACCUCUUAUUGGUCUGACCGAGAUUUUUGAGAAAGCGCUUGAAAUGGUCGGACCCGUUUCGGGUCUCAAGCCCCCUGCUAAUGCUCAAGCUGCAGCGAGUGAUUCUUUCGAUGAGAAUUCGUAUUACUCUAGCCAGGCCAACGAUUGGUCGUCAGAGGAAGGCUCGCCGAAGAAGAGAGCAGAAGCGACAGGUCUGGCAAGUAGCGCUCCUCUUUCUAAGCAGCAUCCUGUCGACGUUGAACAUCAUGACAAGCAGCACCGCACUUUGCAGACUCUUGGUCAACACGAGUCCGAGACUCUCUACGACGCCGAGAGGGAAGACUCGGAGGAAUACUCACCACCGGAUGCAAAUGCCUUUAGUGGUCCUGAUGCUGAUGCGAUGGACCUGGACNNGACGGUAAGUGACGUAUCUAUUUGUCUAUGUAUGCCCUUGCUAAGCAACAACACAGACAGCAGUGAGUUCGUGCCGCAAGAAGCCAAUGUCCAAUCGCCUCAAGCAACUGUCAUCACCAGUCACCUUAGUCGACUCGCUGCCCCUCAGCCUGCUCGAGUCUCACCUCUUGCUCUGGCCAAACCUCCCGGCCUCACCCAACCCCAGACGAGCUACCCUUCAGCGCCAAACAAUCAAUUGCCCGCCUCGCCUCAUGCCUACCAAUCCUCCAGCGCCUAUCGCCAGCAGUUUGAGUCUGACGAUUCGACAACUUCGCCUCGUAACUCGACUCAAACCAGUCCACUUGGCGCUUUCAAGAAACAAAGAGGGAAGGGCAGCAAGAAGAGGAAGCGAGAGGCUGACAAGGAAGCGCGAGAGGCUCGCAAAAACCGCCCAAAGCCCAGCGCACCUUCUCCCGAGCCUUAUAUCAAGCCUGAGCCUGUGUCACCACCACCUUUCGCUGCACCUGCUGCUUUACAACCAUCCCGCACUCGCCCGUACCAGCUACCACCAGAUGUCGAGGUAGUUUCAGGUCCGAGAUCAUACUACCACGAACCACCGCCUCCUCCUCAUCCUCCAAGCAUGCAUUAUGGUCUGGAUGGUGUCUCUUCUCCUAACGUCAUCAGAGUUUCAUCUCCUGGUGUUUAUGCCAGACCUAGAAGAGACGACCAAGACCUGCGCCGUGUAGCCAGUCUGCAUGCUGCGCAUCGUCCUGUGUCUCCCACGGCCAGAGUAUCGUCUCCCGCAGGCUACCGCACUGUAUCCCAACCUUUCCCCGAAAGAGGAGCAAGAUACGGUGAGGAAGUCAUGAGAAGUCCACAGGUACAGUACAUGCGAUCGGAAAGGUCUGUGACGCCGCCACACCUCCGGGCUGCUAGAGAGGGUCCAGCCACAAUGAUGGCACCUCCACCACCACCAGCUAGACGAAUCGUCAUGGACCAGUACGGCAACAGAUAUUACGCGAACGAGCCCGAAGCACAACCUAGGAUGUCAGUGGCGCCGCAGCUGCGCCCUGAAGGUGAGCUGAUGUAUGAACGCGCGCCGAGCAGACAGUCUGUUGCAUACCCAAGUCAGCCUGCGCACAACGUAUACGAGGACGAACAUGGAAUGAGAAUGCCACCACCUCCUCCACCAGUGCGAAGAGUGAUGGAUCAAGCAGAAAGCGCACCAAUUGAUUAUCGUGCCUACAGACAGCGAGAGUAUUCUCGUGCUCCUGAGCCACAAUACUAUCGCGAGNNGGAGGCUGCUGGGCCUAUUUAUAUCAGGGACGCACCAGGACCCAGGGCGUCGGUGUAUCCACCUGAGUCUGCACCAGCUGGAGCUUAUGCCCCAAGAGCGUACAGUGUACGUCCGGAGAUGGAGCCAGUCCGAUACAUGUCAAGACAAGCGAGCAUGGCACCACAAGGCGACUACAUUCGGGGUGCAGAAACAGCAGGUCGUGCAGCUACAAUGGCACCUCCGGCCGCGCCAAUGAGAGCUGUAAGUGUUGCGCCAGGGUCUGAAUAUGGACGUCCUGUCGAGAUGAGAUAUAGCUACGGGAGUCAGGGUGCAGGACCGUAUGCCGCAGCUGGACCACGCUACGGCGAGGAACCUCGAGAGAUAUACGUGGAUCAAUACGGAAGAGAGGUCAGAAGAGUAGGGUAUUGA